AUGAGCGCACCUUUGGAGCCGAUACCUCUCCCUGAAGCACCUCUCAGUGUCAUCAACUGGGGUCGACUCAAGUGCAAUGAUGCUGGUGAGAGAGACAAGCUUCUCUCGGCGUGUGAGGGCCAAGGUUUCUUCUAUCUAGAUCUGAGCUGCGACGAGACCUUCUUGAAGGAUUGGCAAGCCGUCCUUGACUUUAUGGCAAAAUACUUUCAUCAGGAUGUAGCUGAGAAAAUGAAGGAUGAUCGCCAGAGCGACACCCACGGUUACGAGCCAGUCGCAACCUCAACGGGCGCAGAUGGAAACCACCUCGACUACUACGAGUCCCUCAAGGCCUCCAGAGACGAAUUACUAGGACAAGAUAGCGCCCUCGCGCCCUCCAUCAAGGAAAACCACAACCUCUUCCUGCGCUUCACCAACGCCGCGCAGCACGUAUGCAUGAGCAUCCUCGGCCACCUAGACAUUUGUCUCAACACCAACCAGUCCUCCAAGCUGGUCGACUUUCACCGACCAGGCAAAGAAUCCCUCACAACGCUCUCCAUGUUCCGCUACCCCAAGCAGGACUCCCUCGCCCUCGGCGUCGGCCACAACAAGCACACCGACAUCGGCACCCUGACCUUCCUCCUCUGCCAGCAAUGGGGACUCCAGGUGCUGUCCAAAGAGCCCGCCGGAUGGCGAUUCGUCGCCCCCAAGCCGCGCCACGCCAUCAUCAAUGUCGGCGAUACUCUGCGCUUCCUCUCUGGCAACCGCCUCCGCUCGGCCGUCCACAAGGUCAUUCCCACGCGGGGGCUGCAGCACGAGGACCGGUACAGCAUUGCCUACUUCCUCAGAGCGGAGAAUCACAUCCAGUUCACCGACAGCACGGGGCGGCACGUCUCGGCGAAGCAGUGGCACGACGAAAAGUUUGACGUGUUUAGGGAGACGCACGAGGAGCAGGACAAGAUGCCCAUCCUGACGGGGGGGAUGGAGCGCAUGGAGAGUAUUGUGGUGUGA